UUCAGCCAGUCUGUGGUAGAGUCAGACCCAGCCAGCCAACCGGCCAGCCUUUCUGCACCUCAAGAAAAGAGAGCUAAAUAACUCAGUUUCUUCCAUGGGAGCCACUCUAAAACGCUGCGUUUUACCUUCCCCAUUUCUUCAGUUCUUCUUAUAAUUUUCCUGGUAAUUUUCUUGCCACAUUCAGUGAAUUUAUCUAUCUUGUGCAUUGAAUGGUUUAAGAUAAACACAUCCUUUUGAAACACGUCAAACAACGAUGCUUGGUUCAAGUGCGAAGAUUCGGAGAGGGCCAACUGUUCAUGUUGAUUAUCUAAUCCACAUUCAAGAGAUUAAACCUUGGCCUCCAUCGCAGUCACUGAGAUCAGUUCGUUCUGUACUGAUUCAGUGGGAAAAUGGUGAACGUAGUUCGGGGUCUACGAAAACUGUUUUGCCAACUGUUGGUUCUGUUGCUGUUGAGGGAAAAAUCGAGUUUAAUGAGUCAUUUAAGUUACCUGUGAACCUAGUGAAGGACAUGUCUAUUAAAGGCAAGGAUGCUGAUGUUUUCAUGAAGAAUGUCUUAGAAUUUAACUUGUAUGAGCCUCGAAGGGAAAAGAUUCAGUUGUUAGGUACUGCUAUUGUGGAUUUGGGGGAAUAUGGUGUUAUUAAAGAGACACUAGAGGUUACCGCUCCGGUGAACAGCAAGAGGAGCCUAAGUAACACUGCUCAGCCAAUUUUAUUUAUUAAAAUUGAUCGAAUUUAUAAGGGUCGAAACAGUGCUUCAUCAUCAAGAGGCAGCCUCUUGCUGGAGAGGAAAGAAAGCGGGACUGUUUCGUCUCUGAUGGAUGAUGAGUAUGCCGAGGAAGCUGAGGUUGCUUCAUUUACCGAUGAUGAUGUUUCCUCACACUCAUCUCAUACCGUUUCUUCUUCAACUUUGGAAUCUAAUGGAGGUUCGCAUCCUCAAAAUGAAGAGAAUGGACCAGUCAGUCAAAUUGAUUGCAAGGGAGAUGCCAGAGGGGCUUCAUCUGAGAACUCAGUAGAUACUCGUGCUUCGGCAUCUGACUCUUAUAGUUCCAAUUCUCCUGUACGAGAUAAUAUUGUUAUCCAUAAAGUUCACUCUUCAUCAUCCUUGCCUAAUGACAAUACACAGGAUGCAACCAAUACCAGCAUGAGAAGUGAUGAUUGUGAAGAUUUAUCUCAGAAGGUUCAUGAAAUGGUUGCCAACAAGGGAACCAUGGUUACAUGCGAUGUUCAAAGUACUGAAGGUACAUCUGAUAGUUCUAAGGCCAAAAUGGCAGGCUCCGCUAAGAGUCCUCAAGUUGAUAAGCUUGAAUCUGUAGAUUUUAGUGAUUCUAUUGUUGAUGGAGAAGAUGAUAGGAAAGCUCAAAGAAAUGGAAAAGUUUCCUCUAAGGAAGCUUCAGCUGCUGAUGACGCAUAUGAUAAUUCUCGGGAAGGAAACUCAGGAUAUAAUUGGCAAGAAAAUGGACAUGAAGGUCAAUACUGGGAAGCGAAAAAGUAUUCUACUGAAGAUGAGCAAUUGAAUAUUCAUUCACAAGAAAACUCUUCAAGCCAAGGGAAUCUUGGAACAAAGUCCGAUGCCCUAAAAAGUGAUAGACUAAAGCAUGUGAAGUCUGUUCGAUCUUCAUCUGACUCAGUUAGGAGCAAUGGGUUGGUGAGCGAUAACCAGCAUGCAGAAUUGAAGGAGGCUGGUGUUUUGGGGGAUGCGCAGCACGGGCCUGGGACCUUAAUAAACAAAUCAAGCAAUGGAAGUAAAGAUGCUAAGGUAUACCCAAAGGACACGAGAAGUGCCAUAUUGGAUAACAAAAUACAGCAGUUGGAAAACAAGAUAAUGAUGCUUGAGGGAGAACUAAGAGAAGCUGCUGCCAUUGAAGCUGCCCUUUUCUCAAUAGUUGCUGAGCAUGGAAGCUCCAUGAAUAAGGUGCAUGCUCCAGCUCGGCGCCUUUCUAGGCUGUAUCUUCAUGCUUGUAAGGAAGGCUUCCAAUCAAGGAGAGCAAGUGCAGCUAGAAGUGCUGUUUCUGGGCUUGCUCUGGUUGCAAAAGCAUGUGGAAAUGAUGUUCCAAGGUUGACAUUUUGGUUGUCAAACUCUGUUGUACUGCGAGCAAUUAUAAGUGAAAGUAUUGGAGAUAUGGGGUUACAACUUUCUGCUGGACCCAUGGAAGGAAAUGGAGGUGGAAAGGAGAAAAAACAUGUAUCAUCACCAUUGAAAUGGAUAGAAACCUCUCCUGGAAGAAAGGAAAAUAAACUUAUCUCAUAUGGAAGUUUUAGUGACUGGGACAGCCCACUUGCCUUUACUUCCGCCCUGGAAAAGGUUGAAGCAUGGAUCUUUUCUAGAAUCAUCGAAUCCGUCUGGUGGCAGACCCUCACUCCACAUAUGCAAUCGGAAGCUAGAGAAGAAGUUGAUAUAGGUAUCAGCUCUGCCUCAGGUAAAAGCUAUGGUAGGGUAUCUAGUGCAAGUGAUCAAGACCAAAUGAACUUUUCGUUAGAUCAUUGGAAGAAGGCUUUCAAGGAUGCGUGUGAAAGACUUUGCCCAGUUCGAGCUGCGGGGCAUGACUGUGGCUGCUUGCAUUUGCUGUCUAGAUUGAUAAUGGAGCAAUGCGUGGCUAGGCUAGAUGUGGCUAUGUUCAAUGCUGUUCUUCGUGAUUCUGGUGAUGAGAUCCCUACUGAUCCCGUGUCUGAUCCCAUUAGUGAUCUUCUAGUACUUCCGGUCCCAGCUGGUAAAGCAAGUUUUGGUGCUGGUGCACAACUGAAAAAUGCGAUUGGAAACUGGUCUCGAUGGUUGACUGACCUCUUCGGUAUCGACGAUGAGAUCGACCAGGAUGGCAGUGACGAGCGACAAGACACAUCCAUAAAGUCUUUCUAUCUCCUUAAUGCAUUGAGCGAUCUCAUGAUGCUUCCUAAGGACAUGCUUCUGAGUAAACCUAUCAGGGAAGAGGUAUGUCCAACAUUUGGUGCAACAUUGAUCAAGAGAGUUCUUGACAACUUUGUCCCAGACGAGUUUUGCCCUGAUCCGGUUCCAGAUGUUGUGCUUGAAGCCCUGGAGGCUGAGGAUCCUGCCGAAGCCAGGGAAGGGUUUGUCACAAGCUUUCCCUAUGUUGCAUCUCCUCCAAUUUAUUCACCGCCUUCUGCAACAUCUGUUGCUAGCAUCAUUGGUGAAGUUGGUAGCCAAUCUCAGCUGAGAAGAAGUCGGUCAUCGGUCCUCAGAAAAUCAUACACAAGCGACGAUGAGCUUGAUGAAUUGAAUUCACCCUUGGCUUCAAUCUUCAAUGAUGGCUUCCGAUCCUCACCUGUUCAAUCGAAACCUAUCUGGAUAUCGAAGGGGAACAACUACCAAAAUGCUAUUAGAUAUGAACUCCUAAGAGAUGUAUGGAUGAAAUCUGAAUGAUUGCAAGUUGUAUUAUGUUUAUGAGUGUAUAAAUGGUUGACAAUCCUUUUGUAGGUAAAUAUUGGUUCCUUAUUCUACAUUGAUGUUUCUGUAUAUAGAAUAGAUUUGACAUUAGCUUUUAGAACUUUAUAUGUAACUCAGUGACUUUCCUUUAAACUUUUUCCAUAUAUUUAGAAAAUAAUACAACAUAUCUAUGUGUUACUUGGA